CGCCCCCUAGAUUCCCCCGGAUGUUUAACGUUAGCAGUGCUGCGGAUGUGAUGCAACCAGAUAUCAGGAUAUUUCUCAACUUCUCGCAACAAGUGUUUAUUGUCAUUUGCUACAACCCCCCAUCAACUGGACCUCCAUAUGAACGCGUUUUGAAGAGCUGGGUGCCAGAGGAGUCAUCUCGCCUGUACCCUCUUGUUCAGUGGAUCUAUCUUUAAAUGGCCACCGCGGCUCCCCCUCCAGUCCCUGGCUCCACUGCGGCCACUGAGAACCCGAAUCCCGGAUCCAGCAGCUCCACUGCGUCCGACAGUGGCAACCAGGACAGUACUUUUGAGUGUAAUAUAUGUCUGGACACCGCCAAGGAUGCAGUUAUCAGUCUGUGUGGACAUCUAUUCUGUUGGCCUUGCUUGCAUCAGUGGUUGGAGACCAGACCCAACAGACAAGUGUGUCCUGUGUGUAAAGCCGGUAUCAGCCGAGACAAAGUAAUCCCAUUAUAUGGACGAGGAAGCACAGGUCAACAAGACCCCAGAGAAAGAACUCCCCCUCGACCACAAGGACAAAACAAAUAA